AUGGGACAAAAAUUUCUAUACAGGAAAUGGAAAAGUGAGACGGAUAGUGAUAGCUGCUGCUUUACACCAGUUAUUCUGGAGCUUGGAGGAAAAUCUCUAAGUGUUGUUGAUUCAAAUGUCAAUUUAGAGGGCUGUAACAAUGGACAAUCCUGCAUUUCUCCUGAUUAUCUUAUAACAACGAAAGAAUUUGCUCCGAAGUUGGUUGAUGCUUUAAAGACUGAAUUGGAAAACUGCUUUGGAAAGAGCCCAAUAGAAUCAAAAGACUUGCCGCGCAUUGUGAACUCUAACCACUUUGCUUGCUUGAUAAAGUUCUUGGACGAUGAUAAGGUUUCUGGCAAGAUAGUUUAUGGAGGUGAAAAGGAUGAAAGCAAAUUGAGGAUUGCUCUAACUAUUUUAUUAGACGUUCGGCAAGAUUCUCUGAUAAUGAGCGAGGAGAUCUUUGGUCCAUUGCUUCCGAUAGUCACGGUGAAUAAGCUGGAAAAAAGCUUCGAUUUGAUCAAUGCGGGAACAAAGCCACUUGCUGCAUAUUUAUUUACAAACGACAUCAAAAAGACAGUUCUUUAUUGCGGCUUUACAGGCGAUUCAUCGAUAAGGUACCCACCUUACACUCACACGAAGCAAAAAAUGAUGAAGGCUCUAGUAGCCGGUGAUGUUCCUGGUGUAGUUCGUGCGCUAAUUGGGUGGUCCUAA